UAGACCGCAGUGGUUGCAGAGCCAAGAAAGUGUACCGAUAGAGAAACGCGAUACAGUUAAAAUAUUCAUCAGAAAAACCUGCCCAUCAGAUUUCUUUGCGUAAAUAAAGAGCGAUGGCAGAUUUACUCUAUGAAAAUCCUAUUGAACAUAUUUUUAUGCUCAUCUGGGAUCUUCUAGUGUUUUACGUAAAAUCAUUCAUGUACAUCUGCGAAGCUGUAUAUUUGAGUGUUAUUCCCACAAAAUUUAGAAAUUUAAAGGAUGUCAAUGGUCAAGUUGUCCUCAUCACUGGCGGCGGUGGCGGAGUUGGGAGGCUUCUUGCAUUGAAUUUUGCAAGACUUCAAUCGCGAGUGGUCAUUUGGGACAUCAGUCAGGAAGCCAUCAACACAACCAUCGAUCUCUUGGCAAAUGAGGGAUUCAUUUGCAAAGGAUAUGUCGUGGACUUGGCCAACAGAGAGAAGAUCAUGGAGACCAUGAGGAUUGUUCAGGAGGACAUUGGCAAAGUGAAAAUACUGAUAAACAAUGCCGGCACUGUUUGCUGCAAACCUCUGUGGGACCUCCAGGAGAAGGUGAUUGAGAACACAUACGCCGUGAACAUCUUAUCUCACUACUGGACAGUGAAGAGUUGCCUGGACGACAUGAUUGAGUCAGGCGGCCACAUUGUUACAGUUGCAUCCGUGGCGGGAUUGUUGGGCACUUACGGCUGCACUGAUUACAGUGCCACGAAAUUCGCCUGCAUCGGUUUCCACGAGGCUCUCUUCAGUGAAUUGAGGACUCACGGUCAUGACAGAGUGCACAUGACUCUCGUAUGCCCGUAUUACAUCAACACGGGAAUGUUUGCUGGCGUCCGGCCGCGCUUGAUGCCAAUGCUCGAGCCCAAAACUGUGGCUGAUGCCAUUGUGGCUGCUGUGAGGAAGAAUCAGGUGAAUUGCGUCCUGCCGGACAGCGUGAGGCUUCUUCUGCCCCUCAAGCACUGGCUGCCGGCCAAAGUGUCCUGGGAACUCAUGGCGAGAGUCAUGAAGGGCCCAAGUUCAAUGAUGCUCUUCAAAGGACGCGGCAGAGUUGCGGCUGGAUAA